AUGUCAGAAUUUGAGCGCCGGGGUCGGGAUCCCCUCGCACGUUCCGACGCCCAGUACCAAAGGUCUGUUCCAGAUUAGGUGGUACACUUAAUAUACUAUUUAGCCGCACCAUUGGAGCAGGGUUAUAGGGCGCGUCUGAUCCCGCGGACGGUAAAGCAUGGACCGCAAUGGUGAAAAAUCGAACUUAGGCGAGUAACCAAGAGCAGUUCGGAUUGUUUGGCUGGGGUUUUCUCCUCCAACGUUUGGGCUCAAGAAUCCAACUAAAAGACAGCGGUGGUACAUAGUUAUUUAGUGGUGGUCCCCGGUUGCCUUGCAACAGUGCCGUCACUGGUCCUUGAGGAAUUUUAAAGGUAAUCGAUUAGCCAGGCCUCAUCCCCCCAGCGAGUUGGUAGCCUUGUCGCUGCUGGUCCGCUACUGUUUAUUCGUUAGGCCCGAGUACCCCUUCAGUUCGCGGCUAUGCCUAGAUGAAGACCGUUCCACUAUUCGACAUCCGUGGACGAGGCUGGAUAGCCAAAAGCUAACGGGCGAAACCGUCUCUCCGAUGAGGAAGAAUGACAAUAUCAAGGCAUGUAACAAACGAACCACAACCUACUGCAGAUCUGGGCAGUCUGCCAGCACACGCUAGGGGACCUAGUUUAAUAUGCAGCUCAACCAAGUUGGUAAAACAGCCUGGCAAACGCCGAAAUCGGUAUUAAAUAAUUUGGGUCUUAUAUACGACUGAUCGGUCCUUGUGGUGUGAAAAUAUGCUUAAAUAAUUCUGAGCAGUCUCCUUUGCAGGCCACUAUGCAGUGUAGUCGCCAGUAAGAAGACCUAGAAAACAGUGCCAAAUGUAAUUGGGCUAGAACCAUGACAACACAGGUUGCUUAGUGGCCAUUUAGUAGCAGCUCCGAUUUUUGUCGCAAGUCCACGUGUACUUGUCCAAAUGAUAAAGGCGGCACAAUCUGCGUGAGUAACAAGCUCCUCAAUGCAGAAGUCCCAGUUAUUUUGCGAUCUACUCCGCGCGGCAAGUCGCCUUAUCGGACCGUGGGACGCUUGCGCAGCUUGUCAACACAUUCGGCCGCGCACAACGUGCAAUGAAGAGUUGAUGCAGCAUGCGCGUGAGAAAGAACUGGUAAAUGAACUGUGUCCAACAAACACUCACAAUAAUCAGCUAAUAGUAAAAACAGCCAGAAAGUAAAAAAAAUAGAGUUAGUAGGAACUAGCAAUACUCGAGUACUCGAGUAUUGCUAGUUCCUACUAACUCUAUUUUUUACUUUCUGGUAGCUAAACCCUCACUCGUCGUUCGCCUGAUUACACGUGUAAUCAGGCGAACGACGAGUGAGGGUUUAGCUACCUCAAUACCCGGCGACACCGGAGAUUUCCUUAGGCGACCGAAAGAAUACGGCUCAUCGGGUCUUAAGGCUGUUAUUAAGGUACUUCUCGUUGUUUAAUCGUGAAAGCAACGAGAUGUAUCUCGAUGGAAGUAGAUCCAUCGGCCACGACUGCCCUCGAGUAGUUCAAAACGCCUUUUCUAUAGGUGCCAGAAAGGGCAAAAAAACACGAAAGCAAAAUUCAGCAAAUUAGUUGGCAAAAAUGACUGGAACCAAAAUUGUAAAACGAAGAAUCCGGGAGUGAGUAAAAAACGGAGUCGCGGUAUGGACGCGUUUUGAAGAACACGGCUCCAAAACCGUGAACACAAAAAACCUAGCCACCAAAAUUCAUCACAUUUUUGCUUGUUCAAACAAAGCGUUCAAGGUGGCGAAGUUUAUUCCAUCUUUUUCAAUUCCCUACUUAAUUUUGAGUCAGUAUUAGAAAGAAAGGUCCACGAACCCAAACGAAAUGACGAAGUGAGAUCAACAAAGUUUUGCGGAACUAUGUGGAGUUGGUAUGUCAACGAAACUGCCGAACAUCCAAAUGGACCGAGGAAAAACAGGCCUUAUCCUGGCAUACAGAUCGCUAGCCCCCUUGAGAUAGUUUGUUCGUUGGACGACCACAUUAGCUAGGGUGUAACUAGACCCGCUUUUGGUCGUCUAUACGUUGAUGUAGGAUCUAAUGUCGCUCUCUAUUGCCCUAUUUUUGUCUUUCGGGAUACUAUAUUCUAUCUUGUAUAAGAAGGAUAACAGGGAGAGCGCUGGAUGAUCCUAUUAACGUAGAGUAAGUUAUGUAUUCUUAAGUUCAUUAUAAAAUUGCGAACGUCUAACCUGUGUUAGAUUCAAAAUAUAACAUUGUUAAUAGACUAUUCUUAUUGUUCAAUGCGAAUCCGUGCGGAUGAAAAGUAGGUUAGAAGUGCUUAACACGGCUGCUUGAAAGAAAACAUUUCGUCAAAAAAGUUCCUCAAAAAUUCUGCACCCAAGCUUGCCAGUUUACGGACAUUGUCGUGGAAAGAAUAAGCGCAAAUCCAGCUAGCAGUGAAAAAAAUCCUAAUAAUUAAAUAAAGAGAAUGACGUUUAUGUAUAGUUUAGAGAGGUCAGUAAAAGAAAGGGCAUUACAUGUCUCACACCAGAGGCUUUUGCCCGAAGCAAAACUCUCGGGAUAAUAGCGAGAGGCAAUUACAUUCAUGCUUUAGAUUAAGGGGCCAUAGCAAGAGUUCGAUCAUUGUUGUCCAGUUAGUCAUCCGACUGAAUGAAAUAUCUAGUAGUCUUUCCUGUGGUCAAAGGGUCUUUCCUGUGGUCAGAACCCGUCACAAUGAAGGCCGGACCUCUCCAACGAAUCAGUCAUUGAAGGUUAUAUCCGCAAAUGUGCAAAGCCUCUUCAACAAACUAGACGAACUAAGAGACUUAGUUGAUGAAAUUAAGCCAGACAUUAUGGCAUUCAAAGAAACGUGGCUUGCUGAAGAUAUCGCAGAUUCAGAAAUAUCACUUAGAGGAUAUCAGCAAUUCCGGAGAGAUAGGCUAAGCCGAGGAGGAGGAGGAGGAGGAGUCAUAAUUUAUGUCACUUGCAAGCUAAGCGCUAUGGCUGAUGUAAAAAGACCGGUACGGGAUGUGGAACUGCUAAGCGUUACCACAUCUACUAAGAAUGUCCGAUCAUUGACGCUUUCGGUGGUGUACCGUUCACCUAACCAUACUUCUCACCAAGAUCUCAUGCUUAUAUCCAAACUGUACCAAGCUAGCGAGAAGAAAGAUGUCCUUAUCGUUGGGGAUUUUAACGCUCCUGGCAUUGAUUGGCUAACGUGGACUGCACAAGGGCCGCAAGACUGCUUUAAUCACAGACUAAUACAAUGGGCAACGGACAAACUUCUCUGCCAGAAUGUUACCUUUGGAACACGGGUCAGGGAAGGGCAGCAGUCGAACUUCCUUGAUCUUAUUUUUACACGAGAGGAGGAAAAUGUGUUAGACCUGCAGGACCGACAGCCAUUAGGGUCAAGCGACCACAUCACGCUCUACUUCGAGUACUCACUGUUUUCCAAACCCGUCCAACCCGAGAGGUGGGAGAGAAACAUUUGGAAAGGGGACUAUCCUCUCAUGAGGAGGGAAGCGGCAGCUAUAUCAUGGGAGACUGAACUGCAUGGUCGAGCAAAUGAUAACUGGAAUACUUUCAGUUCCUUACUGAAAGAGAUUGUUUAUUCCAAUUGUCCUCUUAGAAGAAAGAAAAUCACAAACCGCCCAAAAUGGAUAAACCCGGACUUGAAGGCCUCUUUCAGAAAAAGGAAUCUUCUGUGGAGGCGUUACAGACUAACUGGCUCCGACGAACACUUACAGGACUAUAAGCGGCAACGAAACGUCUGUAAAAGUGAGGCCUCAAAGCUGCGAAAGAAGUUUGAACUAAACAUACUCCGAAAUUCGUUGGAGCAUCCGAAAGUUCUAUAUGGUUAUAUAUGAGGUACUAAAAGGAUUCAGGAGCUGAUCCCUGCCCUUAGGUCUGCAGAUGGGAAAGUGGAGAUUGAUGACCAGGUUAAAGCGUCCCUCCUUUCCGACUUCUUUCAGUCCGUCUUCACCCGAGAACCUAGUGCUAUAUUUGCCCAUCCAUCCAGUCGCCAACCAACCUCUCCUCCCAGUACCCUUCCCCAUCCUAUCCCCUCCCUACCCUCCUUAACCGAGGAACCACUCUUUUCAUCUACCAUAGUUAGUGCCGAGCUACUCCGGCUGAAACCUGCCAAAUCGCCUGGCCCAGAUAGAAUUCCCGCCCUAGCACUUCGUGAGCUUGCUAAUGAACUGUGCAAACCCUUAUCCGCAAUAUUUCAAAAGUCAUUUGAAGACGGCGAGCUCCCGGAAGAAUGGAAGUGCGCACUCAUUACUCCGAUCCAUAAAGGAGGCUCAAGACUUGACUGCGGAAAUUAUCGUCCUGUCAGUCUUACUUGCAUCGCGUGUAAAAUAAUGGAACGCAUUAUCAAAAGACACUUGAUGAAAUACCUGGAACAGAACAAAAUAUUGUGUGAUGCCCAACACGGCUUUCGUCCAGGGCGCUCCUGCCUAACGAGUGUUCUUUACUCGCACGAGACAUGGACACGAGCUACCGAUAAGGGUUUUCCAGUAGAUGUCAUAUUUUUUGACUUCAAGAAGGCCUUUGACAGUGUCCCACACAGGCUUCUUUUACAGAAGAUCUGGGAGGUAGGGAUUCAAGGAAGAAUGUUUAAGUGGAUCAGGAGUUUUCUGUCCUACAGACUACAAAGAGCCGUCGUUAGUAAUUCUACCUCGGAAUGGGUAAAGGUGGAAAGUGGUGUCCCACAGGGUUCUGUUUUAGGUCCAGUACUCUUCCUGAUUUAUGUUAAUGACUGCAUCAGCGAAGUGAAUUGCGAGGCUCUCAUGUUCGCGGAUGACAUAAAAAUAUGGAGUGAAUUCAAGUGUGAUGAUGACGCAGAGAAGUUGCAGUCGAACAUCAACAAACUGUGUGCUUGGUCAAAGAGAUAGCUUUUGAAGUUUAACGUGUCCAAAUGCGUGGUUUUGCACCUGAACACCGGCCGAAAUGCCUCUCCUAAACACCAGUACUAUAUUGACGGGACGAGGUUAGAAACUGUGGAAAGACACAAAUCUAUCACCAUCAGAACACUGUAGAAAGAUGGUCCAGAAGGCAACUAGUACUCUACAUUGGAUCAGACGUGCAUUUAAAAUAUUUCCUCCCGAACUUUUCGAAAGACUCUUUGGUGUCUUUGUAAGACCUCAUCUAGAGUAUGGAAUGCCAGCAGCCUCACUAUGCAUGAGGAAGGAUAUCAGCUUACUCGAACAGGUGCAACGCAGAGCGACAGAGAUGGUCGACGGUUUGAAGCAGUUGUCUUAUCAGGAGAGGCUGAAUUUGCUUGGCCUAUUCCCUCUCUCUUAUAGACAAAAAACUGCAGUCUACUCUGAACCUUCCGGAUUGUUCGCAGCCAGGGUUGCUCAUUAGGAGCAGAGGACUUCUUUGAGUUCGCCCGUACAAACCAACUACGCGGCCAUGCAUACAAAGUCGGGAAUGAGCGCACGCGUUUAGACCGACGAAAAUUUUCAUUCAGCCAGCGGGUUGUCAGACCGUGGAACUCGCUUCCAAGCGAGAUGGUGACGGCUGACACAGUUUGUGUGUUUAAAAGAAAACUUGCUCGUCUAGUUUUCGACAGAAAUCGGCUUGUACAGCGUGAUUAUGCACAGCCUGUUUUGUAAAAUCUGUCAUAUACAAUCUUCCGCACUAAUUUACAGAGACCCCAUGCACUACCUUAUGAUUACGAUUGAACUGUGACCCAAUCACAUUCUAAAUGCCUGCAAUUUAAUUUAAUUUUUGAGUAUAAAUCUGCGAGAGCACUGUACAUAAAUAGGGUCAUCAAGGGCUCUGUCUGUAACCCUUCAAUAUACAUAUACAUACAUAUAAAUAUUUCAUGUAAUUUUGUUAAGAAGAUAAGAAUUUCGUCCAUUAACUCGUUAUUCAAACCUGAAAAAAAAUAUAAGUGCCAAUGCCAAUAGAAACGAAGAGUCGAGUCCCAGGAAGCAGUCUUGAAGAAGAAGAAGAAGAAGAAGAAGAAGAAGAAGAAGAAGAAGAAGAAGAAGAAGAAGAAGAAGAAGAAGAAGGCACGAUCGCCGGGACAAGAGCUUUAUUAGCCUGACGUUUCGGAUUCCUGCUCGAAUCCAUCUUCAGAGACAAAAGCAGAUAAGGGUGGUUCGUGCACAUGCGGCUGCAGUAUUUAUAGGACGCAGUAGCCAUGCUACCGCAUACCUAUGAAUAUUCACGGCUCUCUCCCCUUCAGCAGGGAUCGUUGCACGUGGCGUGAUGGCCGACAUUCGCGUCGUUAAUUGCUGCAAUUUCAUCACGUGCGUUGGAUCUUGGUGUGAUGAUUGCUCGACCAUCUGACGCGCUGACCGGGGUGUUGGGAAGAGUGCUCACCUGUGCGCUCGCCGCGUGACCAAUUACUCCGCCUAGACGAAGUCUCAGCUUCCCUAAGGUGCACAAAGACGGCGCCCCUCUCCGACCCAUCGUGUCGCUCAUAGGUACUCCAACGUACGGACUGGCUAAGUGGCUGUUCCGGCGUCUCAAGUUCCUGACCGCUGGGUCAGACACCACGGUCUCUUCGUCAGCACAAUUCCUGGAGAAACUCAAAGGGGUAAGCCUCCAUCCAAAUGACGUCAUGGUAUCUUUUGAUGUUACAUCCAUUUUUACUUCUAUUCCCCAGGACCUGGCGAUUGAGACAAUCGAGCUGCUUCUACAAAGUAAAUACGAUGAAACGGAUAAUCGUCUUGGACACGCCCAAGUCCUUCAGCUCUUGAAGCUCUGUCUCAAGACGUACUUCACGUUCGACGGGACAAUCUACGAACAGGUGAAGGGCACACCAAUGGGUUCGCCGAUUUCGGGGUUCAUCGCCGAGGCGGUCCUGCAACGGUUAGAGUCGUUGGUCUUCCAACACCACAAACCGAAGUUCUGGGCCCGGUAUGUGGAUGAUACCUUCGUCGUUAUCGACCGGGAUCAACUGCUGACAUUUAAGUAA